UUACCUUAAAAGGUCACCUCGCCUGUAUUCCGUAUGUACCUGGGCCCUUGCCCCAUGCUGCUGCUGCCUUGAGCUUGGUCACAUUGCUGAUCUGAUCACGUUGACCGACCUCAAAACACCUAUUCACUCGUCGCCCAGACAUGUCGAGCCAAACAGUAUUCUCUAUGUCAUGAACUUCGUCACUGCAAGUCCGAGCAACACGACACAUACACCUUUCUUUCCUUUCUUUACCUGCCUACACCUACCCCCAUACCCCGCGUUGUCCCCACCCCCUCCUUUCACCUCCUGACAGAUAAGAUAACCACCACUCUGCCUCCCUGUCCUACAUACGAAGGGCUCCCCUCUCUGUCCGGUAUAGUCAAGGAGCUUCGGGGAUCACCUCCGAAUCUGGUCAAAACAUGCCGACACCAAGGCGGUCCCUCCGUAUCCUCUGCUUCGGCGACUCCCUGACUGCCGGGUACUCCCACCACGGCGCGGUCUACCACCCUUACGCGGAGGUGCUCGACGAGAAACUCAAGGCGGCCUUUCCAAACACUGAUAUCACGAUCCUCGAGAAUGGCAUGCCCGGGGAUAUUGUUUCAACAGAGGCGUUUAUACAGAGGCUAGAAUCAGAACUAGACAGGCCGACUUUCGACUGGGUUAUCAUUCUGGGUGGGACCAAUGACAUCGGAUACGGCAUCGAACCGGAAACGAUUCUAUCGUCCCUUGAGGAAGCUUUUGCAACUUGCCUCUUCAAGGGUAGCAAGGUCCUCGCCCUCACUAUCCCGGAAACACAUUCCAAGCCGGGGAAUUUGAGCGCGCGCAGCAGGAAACAGGUCAACGAUGGCAUUAUGAAGCAGGACACACAUGGCCUCUACGCCUUUGAUCUCCAUGCCGCAAUACCAUACCACUCCCUGUCGCCCCAAGACAAAGAGAAGUACUGGGACGACGGACUCCACCUGACACCAGAUGGCUAUGACUGGAUGGGCAGGCACAUUGCUAGUGCUCUGAUCAAGCUCAUAAUUCAAGAGGUCAGUGCCACUGGUGCCACCGAUCGGCGGUCGAGGAGGAUGCUGCGGUACGCGCAGGACGAGUUGCUGUUCGAGGAGGAGAUGGGGGAUCCUAGGCGUCUCCACGAGGGGUACGUCGUCGUACGGUUGAAGGAUCUUAACUAAGAGGAAAUAUGAUAUAAUUAGGGUCAGCCGUCUGUCUAAGGUUCCAUCCAUCGCUGAUGCAACAAACCCACAAAACGCCGCCUACACCAUUCGGGUUCUCGUUUAUCUGCCGCUCUGUAAAUAUGCUAUGCUUUUGCUUUGCUUUUCGUUCAGCUUAAGACCCUGAUUGAGACUGUCCCAAACCCAGUUCCGUU